AUGCUCAAAAAGAAGUCCCUCGCGCCCGCCUUCUUCUGGAACUUCUCCCCAUCCACCACUCCCGAACUGUCCCCAACCUCGUCGGACAGCGACUCCGACGAGGAUAUGGAAUCAUCCGGCUCCCGACCGGUCAGCCUGGCCGUCUCGACGGGAGCCUUCUGUCCUAUGCGACCAACCUUGAAUGAGGUCCUGGCCAAUACCGCCGCCCCGCCCUACACGUUGUCCGCCUUUAUGGCCUAUCUCUCGCAGAACCACUGCCUCGAGACGCUCGAAUUCACCAUGGAGGCCAGCCGUUAUCGAGAUACACACGAGGCUCUAUCUGCCCGUCUCGGUGCCGACGUCUUGACGGACCCGGACACGCGCGAGUCCCAGCACCUGCAGAUGCUUUGGCAGCGGUUAAUGACGGCUUACAUCUUGCCCGGCGCGCCUCGUGAGGUGAAUCUGUCCAGUGAGGUCCGUGACGGUCUCCUCCGCUACCGUGAUGUGAACAUUCCACCGACCCCGGAUGUGCUCAACUCCGCCGUUAAACGCAUUCACGACUUGAUGGAGGAAUCCAUCUUCCUGCCUUUUCUCAACAGCUACACCUCUCCAUCCAUGGUGGCCCAAGCCGAUUACCCCUUUGGCCCAGAGGACACUAUGGACUUGUCAAGCCCGUCUAUGGAGGAGCACCCUGUAAAGCGAAUCCGUUCCCGCACUAAGCGUACGUCUCCGCAAUCGUCCACCAAGGACCUACCCGCGACCGCUGGCCGCUCCAAUGUCUCGCUCGGUGCGAUGCAUGCCCUUGGCAAGCGUGCCUCUGGCGCUCUGCUAAGCACCUCUGGCGAGUCCGGCUCCCUAGCACUCACGGACGACUCGAGCCCGCAAUCGAGUCCGACCGCCGAAGAGCCCAUGACUCCGCCAACCACGCCUCCAGCCAGCGAGCCGCAUCUGCCAAUCCACAGCCCCAAGUUGCGUACCGACAACCCCUGGAAGAAGAUGGGCAUGAAGCUGGGCUUCAAGAAGCGAUCUGGGGCUGGCAGUGGUGGUACCUCGCGGGAUCCCAAGAUUUUGGCCCUGGACGACUAA